AUGGCUUCCGAUCCCGGCAAGGGUCUCGGGGAGGCAAAGGUCAAGAUCCUCCGCGACAAUAUCCAGGGUAUCGGUAAGUUCCUGCCCAUCGACAAGCGCAUCUCGGACCAGAUCUACGAGGUGAUCCGGACGGCUUCCGAUCCCAAUAGCACGCUGGAGCAGUAUGUGCAUUUCAUCGUGGUAGGACUGUUGUUGGACAUCCAACAUGGAUUCCUGCACGACGACUGUCGACACGAUUCCGUAUUGCCCGCAACCAUGCGUCUCAUUCUCGGCACCAGCGCCAUGGCCGCCAUGGCAAGAGUCGCCAUUCUCCAGGGGUGCUACUGUGACAUUUCUUUCCGCUCGUCCCCUCCAGCUGCUGCGCGACAAGGCAUCAUCAUCAUGUACACUUUCGAAAUGGGUACUGUCAGUUAUUGGGAUGACGUGAACAGCGGUGAUCGCUACGCGCUCUGGUGGGUCAUCGUUAAGGGCCGCAAACGCGCCCUUAUUGCAAUAUUCGGGCGCGAUGCUCCCGCCGUUCGCAUUUACUUCGAAGAUGACCACCGCAUUGCCAACGCAAGACCCGGAAUCGGCUUAUUCCAGACGUCUCUCCUGCCUGAGUGCUGGCGCAAGCCCGAGCUCGAGAAGCCCGACCACGGGUAA